CUUAUUAAUAUUAUAAUAAUAAAACUCCGUAAUUUUAAUUUUCGAAAAACCCUAAUAAAAAAAAGGCAACACUGAAGUAGAGACAAACUAAUCUGCAUUGAAUCGAGUCGCUGGAGCAGCAGUCAAUCGCUACUCGCUAAUCACUCAAUUAUCAAGCAUGCAUUCUUAAAUUGGAGUGAUUAACUGGUAGCGUAAUUGGUGCUUGAAUUGCGACGGAUUAGGGUUUGUUUGUGAAUUGUGAGAUUGAUUAUUCUUGAAAUUCAACUAUUAGGUAUUCUUAAUUGAUGGAUUUAGGGAAUGUGAGUAAUGGAGAAUUCCGGAGGAGACUCAGUCCUAGGCUUCAUACUGAGUCUAACGAUGCCGGGAAUUCGGGUUCCGUUCCCAGAAGAUUUAGUCCAAGAUUUCAUAAUAACUCUUCAGUUUUUGAGAUAGAUUCACCUCCUGGUCAAUCUAGUGUCAAAGGAACGCUAAGCCCCAAUUCCCGUCGCCCUGCCCAAACGAAGGAGCUAUUAGAAACCCCUACAAUCAUUGCACAUUCUAAAACCCCUACCCCUAAGGUUGUGGCCACUGAUUCCAAUUUUCAAAGAAGGAUGAGCCCUAGGCUCCAUGAGAAUCUCGGAAGUACUAUAACACCGCAAAAUGAUAGCGUUUCACUUGGGAUAAGCCCUGAUGUGCAUUCGAUUUCUGUUAGUCAAGUGAGUCAAGUUCAGAGAAGACUUAGCCCCAGGCUUCACCCAUGUACAGUGACAAAUGGGAAACUGGAUACUUCCAAGAAACCUAGUAUUCAAAGGAGAGUAAGCCCUAGAAUUCAAGGCGAUCAAGAAAAUUUGCUUGAGACUCCAAUGCCAAAGACUAUAAGCCCUACAAUUCAAUGUGAGCAUGAAAAUGAGAAGAAGAAGACUAUGUCGACGACUCCAAUGCAAAGGAGAUUAAGCCCUAGACUUCAUAUCAAGCAAGACAAUGGAAAUCACAAUACUCAACUGGAGAGUCCUGUUGAUGAUAAGAGAUCACUUGAUGCUUCCCUUGCUACGGACAUAUUUAGUGCUAAAAGAAGUAAACAUGACCAUCCUAAGGAUGAUAACUGUAAAUUGGACUUUGAAUGUUCAUAUGUGAAUGAAGUAACCCGUGUUUCUAAUGGUGAAACACCUCAUCAGUUUAAUAUGGCAUUAAAAGCCUGGGAAAAUGAAGCAAAAAAACAAGAUGGAGCCCCUCCUGAUGCUGCUGGAAGAAGUGAUCAUGCUAGGGUAAAGGAGACUUUGAGAAUCUUUAAUACAUACUACCUUCAAUGUGUCCAGGAGGAAGAGGAGAGGCGCAAGAGAAGUGAGAUUGUCCAGGAGAAGAUAAAGAAAACUUCACCGUCCAAGGUGAAGGAGAAAGAUGUUAAGCGUACUUCUUGUCGGCCUGACCUCAAGGCUUUAACGAAGAUUAGAGAGAAGAAUGAAAUAUUGUAUCCUCAUAAGACGAUUGGCUCUCUUCCUGGAAUUGAUGUGGGGUAUCAGUUUUAUUCUCGAGCUGAGAUGACUGCUGUCGGAUUUCAUAGUCAUUGGCUGAAUGGGAUUGAUUAUAUUGGACAAUCUAAAGGCAAAAAGGGACAUGAAAAGUGUACUUUGCCGAUUGCUGUGGCCAUAGUAAUGUCUGGCCAGUAUGAAGAUGAUUUGGAUAAUGCAGAUGAUAUUAUCUACACUGGUGAGGGUGGCCAUGACUUGCUUGGUAGUAAAUUACAGCAGGAGGAUCAAGUUUUGGUUCGAGGUAAUCUUGCUUUGAAGAAUAGCAUGGAUCAAUCUGUUCCCAUUAGAGUAAUCCGUGGGCGUAAAAAUGCUGGCAGUUACUCUGGAAAAAUUUACUCAUAUGAUGGAUUGUACAAGGUUGUCGAUUCUUGGGCUGAUAAAGGGUGUAGAGGCCAUGUUGUUUAUAAGUACCGUUUAAAACGGAUUGAAGGACAACCAAAGUUAUCUAUGAAUCAGGUCCAAUUUAUUCGAGGAUGCCCGCUUAAGGUUGUUUCAGACUUGCCCGGGUUGGUCUGCCGUGAUAUUAGCAAUGGUCUUGAAGAUAAUUGCAUUCCUGUUACAAAUUUAGUUGAUGACCCUCCUAUAUGUCCCCCAGGAUUUACGUAUAUCAAGUCUGUAGAAGUUGCAGAAAGUGUGAAGCUGCCUCCAGGUGCGCCAGGAUGCUCGUGUAAGGGGAGUUGCACAAACCACAAAACUUGUGCUUGUGCAAAACUCAAUGGACAAGAUUUCCCUUAUGUGCUUCGAGAUGGUGGGAGGUUAGCUGAGCCCAAGGAUGUUGUCUUUGAAUGUGGACCAAACUGUGGCUGCAACCCUGGAUGCCUAAAUCGGAUAUCUCAAAGGAAAAUCAAAUACCGUCUUGAGGUGUAUCGUACACCUGACAAGGGUUGGGCUGUUAGGUCAUGGGAUUAUAUUCCUUCAGGUGCACCGGUUUGCGAAUACAUCGGGGUGGUGAGAAGAAGUGAUGAACUUGAUAACAUUGCGGGAGAUGAGUCAAAUGAAUACAUCUUUGAAAUUGAUUGCUUGCACACCAUUAAUGAGAUCGAAGGAAGAGAGAGACGCUUAGGAAAUGUACAGGUGUCCUCUGCUAUAAGUAUACCAAAGAUUGAUAAGACGAUGUUAGAUGGUACGCCGGAGUUUUGUAUUGAUGCAGGGUGUAGAGGAAACGUUGCUAGAUUUAUUAAUCACAGUUGUGAACCUAAUUUAUUUGUGCAAUGUAUCUUGAGCGCACACCAUGACUUACGAUUAGCUCGCAUUGUGCUCAUUGCUGCAGACAACAUACCGCCCAUGCAGGAACUGACUUACGAUUAUGGGUACGCACUGGAUAGCGUUAUAGGCUCUGACGGCAAAAUUAAAGUACUGCCUUGUUUCUGCGGUACAGGAGAUUGUCGGAAACGUUUGUAUUAGUGUAGUUCCCUGACCGGUGCUGAAGCUCAACAAUUCCUAUAAUUUCUUGCCAUAGUUAAUUGACCCAUUCUAUAAACGUUGUAGUUUAGCAGGGUCAAACAGAGGUAAUUUAUUCUUUGUGCAGCAAUUUUCAGUAUUCUAGACGAUAGCACAAAGAACUAGAAGGAUCAAUUUGUAAAAACGAAGGCAAUGCUAUGCUUCCGUUUAUUCUUCGUUGGCUGCCAAAUUCUACAGCAUGGCGUUGCAUUAUUCGGCGUUGCAUUAUUCAUCAACCCCAUAACUUGAUCUUUUACUAGUA